AUGGGAAAAGUGCGGUCUGCACCGGGAGCGCCCCGGAAAGAGGGCUUUAACAAGUCUGGGCAUUCUAUGAAUCCUGAACGGCCCACCGAAGGCUUAAAAGGUGUUGGAAAACCACGUACAAAAGGUACUAUAAAAAGGCUUCAAAUGUAUAGAAAUUUUAAAGCUAAGAGGGACAAAACAGGAAAGAUAUUGACCCCGGCGCCGUUUCAAGGCUGGUUACCUUCAGGUACACAAGCUCGAGUUGAACCCAAUCAGAAAUGGUUUGGUAAUUCCAGAGUUAUUUCACAGAAUGCAUUACAAAAGUUUCAAGAUGAAUUUGGGGCAGCGGUUAAAAAUCCCUAUCAGGUUGUUAUGAAACCUACCAAUUUGCCCAUAACUUUAUUAAAUGAGAAAGCUAAACAUGCUCGAGUACAUUUACUAGACACAGAAGGGUUUGAUAAAACAUUUGGACCAAAAAAACAAAGAAAGCGUGUUAAUCUUAAAUUUAGUGAUUUACAAACUCUUUCUCAAGCAGUUGAAGAAAAUUCAGAAAAGUAUGAUGAAAGUAAAGAUGUUGACAGAGUUCGUGAAGACACUGGCAUAAAGGAUGGUCAGAGGGAAUGGAUUUUUGGUGCUGGAAUGAGUAGACGGAUUUGGAAUGAACUAUAUAAAGUUAUUGAUUCCUCAGAUGUAUUAUUACAAGUGCUUGAUGCUCGUGAUCCUAUGGGUACAAGAAGCCCAUACGUGGAAAAAUUCCUUCGAGAAGAGAAGCCACAUAAACACCUAAUAUUUAUUUUAAACAAGGUAGAUUUAGUACCUAAUUGGGUAACUCAAAGAUGGGUAGCUAUACUAAGUGCAGAGUAUCCUACACUAGCAUUUCAUGCAUCUAUGACACAUCCAUUUGGUAAAGGGUCUCUUAUAAAUUUAUUGCGUCAGUUUGCCAAGUUGCAUAUUGAUAAGAAACAAAUAAGUGUAGGACUUAUUGGUUAUCCCAAUGUUGGUAAAUCUUCUGUGAUCAAUACGUUAAGAGCAAAGAAAGUGUGCAAAGUCGCUCCUAUUGCUGGAGAAACCAAAGUCUGGCAAUAUAUUACAUUGAUGAGGAAGAUAUAUUUGAUUGAUUGUCCUGGUAUUGUUUAUCCUUCAGCUGAAACUGACACUGAGAAGGUCUUGAAAGGUGUGGUUAGAGUUGAAUUAGUUCAAAAUCCUGAAGAUUACAUUGAAGAAGUUGUUAAAAGAGUACGUAAAGAAUACAUGGUAAAAACCUAUAAAGUUGAUGGCUGGGAAACAUCAACUGAAUUCUUAGAAAAACUUGCUGCUAGAACUGGAAAGCUAUUAAAAAAAGGUGAACCUGAUAUUAGCUCAGUGGCUAAAAUGGUACUUAAUGAUUGGCAAAGGGGAAAGCUACCAUUUUAUGUUGCACCUGAAGGAUUCGAAGUGCCUCUAUCAAAACAUACUCAAGAAGUUGACAAUGAAGUUAAAGAGACUGCUACUACAGAAAAAGAAGAAGAGAAAACUAGCGAUGAACCAAAUACAGAAAUUAAUGAUGUUGCCGAAACAAAGGUUUUAACAGUUAAUAAACUAGUAAUAGCUCAAGAUUUUGCGAAAAUUAGAGUAGGUUUACAAUUUGACAAUGAAGAUGAUGUUAAACCAUUAGAUCGUGUAGAAAUUCCCGAAGAGCUUAAAGGCAUUGAUGAACUUAACAAUACUGGAGAUGUUGAUAAAAGCAAUAUUGAGGAUUCAUUAAAUGAUGAUAAACCUGCCAAUAAUGAUGGAAAUGAUAGUGACUCAGAUAUUAGUAGUUUCUAUAGUAAUGAUGAAAUAGAUUGUAGUGAUGUUGAGGACUACCUGACACAUGAUGCGGAAACUGUUAAAGAAAUAAAGAAACAGAAGAUUCAGGCUGCGAGUGGUACAUUUAUUAUUGAAGAAAUUCCUCCGAGUGGAAGGAAACGCAAGGCUAAUGAUGAAAAAGAUGCUAAGGCUAAAAUGACAGCAAAACAAAGAAGAGCUUUAGAGAGAGCUCAGAAGCGUACUAAAACAGGAAGCAACUUCUAUGAAGUAUCUAAUGUUAAGAAUAGAAACAGAAAUAAAAAGAGACCCUAA